AUGGAUCGGUUAAGCAGGAUGCUCGCCGCUGCCCAAAGCAUGGGCGGCAUGGGUGGUCAACAAGGUGACACCAACCUGAUCGAUAACUCGGAAACCGUCUAUAUCUCGUCACUCGCUCUCCUCAAGAUGCUGCGGCACGGCCGCGCCGGUGUGCCUAUGGAGGUCAUGGGUCUGAUGUUGGGUGAAUUCGUGGACGACUACACAGUACGGGUGGUGGAUGUGUUUGCGAUGCCGCAGUCCGGAACCGGUGUUUCCGUUGAAGCUGUGGACCCGGUAUUUCAAACCAAGAUGAUGGACAUGUUGCGGCAGACGGGACGACAAGAAACGGUCGUUGGUUGGUAUCACUCGCAUCCUGGUUUUGGUUGCUGGCUCUCCUCGGUCGAUAUCAACACGCAGCAGUCUUUCGAGCAGCUUACUCCCCGCGCCGUCGCCGUAGUCGUAGAUCCGAUACAGUCUGUCAAGGGCAAGGUCGUCAUUGACGCCUUCCGCUUGAUCAACCCACAGACCCUGAUGAUGGGCCACGAGCCCCGCCAAACCACAUCGAACGUCGGCCACUUGAACAAGCCCUCCAUUCAGGCGCUUAUUCACGGUCUAAACCGCCACUACUACUCUAUCGGCAUUAACUACCGAAAGUCUGCGCUUGAGGAGAACAUGCUCAUGAAUCUGCACAAGCACGUAUGGACCGAGGCGCUCAUGAUGAACGACUUCCGGGACGAGGGCGAGCGGAACAAGGACAGUCUGCAGAAGCUGGUGUCACUGGCUGAGGGCUACGAGAAGCGUGUGAAGGAGGAGACGGAGUUGACCAAGGACCAGCUCAAGACGCGCUACGUUGGCAAGGUCGACCCAAAGAAGCAUCUCGAAGAUGUAGGUCAACGUCUCAUAGAGGACAAUAUCGUGUCCGUCUCACGGCAAAUGAUCGACAAAGAGGCGUCAGUACCAAAAUCGAACGGAAAGUCAAACGGACAAGUGCCAUCAGAUGACAUGGAUAUGGAAGACUAG